AUGUCCUGCUACGACCAGUGCCAGCCCUGCCGGCCCUGCCAGCUCUGUGGCCCGACCCCACUGGCCAACAGCUGCAAUGAGCCCUGUGUCAGGCAGUGCCAGAACUCCACCGUCGUCAUCCAGCCCUCCCCCGUGGUGGUGACCCUGCCCGGCCCCAUCCUCAGCUCCUUCCCACAGAACACCGUUGUGGGCUCAUCCACCUCCGCUGCCAUUGGCAGCAUCCUCAGCUGUGAUGGAGUGCCCAUCACCUCUGGGUGCUGUGACCUCUCCUGUAUCACCAGCCGCUACUGUGGCCGCAGAUGCCCGCCCUGCUAA